CGCAUUAAAUAUUAAACACCUGUUUGCAGUUUCUAUUUGUGAGCUGUGCUGAAAUAUCAGGGGGCUGAGGCUGAAUCUUCACUCCACCAAUCAAAUCAUUUGAGUUCCCCUUGACACUGGACACAUGGAACAUUUCUAUUCCUCUCCUGCUCAGCUCACAUCCACCUGAGGACACAUUCACCUGACUUUCUGAAGCAGACAUCUUGUUUUUUCAUCACUUGGCUUCAAACUGAGAGGCCCAGUCUCCUGGAGAUGGCAGACUUGCCUCGCAGACGCUAUGGCAACUUCCCACAAAGGCGAGCCACCAUGUUACCAUGGGUAGCCAAGUGUAGGGUAAGGCUGGCACUGGAGGCCAUGCCAUCUGAGACUGGUCCAAAUCUGGCAACCACAGCAGAGGAACCAACCCCCCGGGCAGAACAUGUGAAUAUAGAUGUCAGCAUGACUGGAUUCUGUGAGGUGGAAAAGGAGCCAAACCAGUCUUAUGAGAGAAAAACAAAAGCAACAUCUCCGUCAUCUGAAAAAUGGGAAAGGCCUCCAGCCAAAAGUGUUAAAGCUUUAUUGAGAAGAUUAAGGAUUCACCCAGAGGCCCAGAGGAUUCUGGGUAAUUCCUGCAUACCUGUAGUGAGCCUGGAGCGUCUGAACUUCCAGUCUGUGUCUUUAUCAUCACUGCAGCCUGUGGUGUCUUUGCAACGUCUGCCUUGCCAAAAACAAGCUGAGCUCUGUGACAAUGUGUCAUUAAAUAUUUCUGAACAGAAUGGAUUCAGUCAAACUGAGGAAGAUAUACUGGAGCUAACUGAAGGAUCAUUCCAGCCUAAACCAGUAGAGCCAUGUGAUCUCAGUCCAACAUCCUGGACUGAACCAUAUUGUCCUGACAGCUCCCUUUCUGGAGAGCCAGAGCAGGACUCAGGCUUUGACUGUGACUCUAAUCCAGAUCAGCCUUACAUCCUGUUUGAUUGUGGAUCUGAUGAUGGGAAAGCUGAAUCUGAAGCAUUUUAUCUGGAUCCAGAUCCAGAGCAGACUCUGGUUAUUGAACUGGAUCCAGGAGAAGAAGAAGCAGAUCAGGACCAAUGCCUGCCCCCGGAGGAUGAAGUUGAAAGUACAUGUGUGGUUGAUAUAAUCGAAGUGGACGAUGGUGAAGAUCAAAGAAGUGAAAUUAGAUGCUUGGGAGAACAGGCCGACUCAUCCACCCAGCAGCCUGGAGCUGAGGUUGGGACUGAGGAGAGUGAAGAUUUCUGCGCUGUUUGUCUGAAUGGAGGAGAGCUGCUCUGCUGUGACCGCUGCCCCAAAGUUUAUCACAUAGGCUGUCAUGUACCUCCUCUCAGCAGCUUCCCGCCAGGUGACUGGGUGUGUACUCUGUGUAGAAGUGAGCAGGAGCCCGUGGAGGCCUACGACUGUGAGAUCAUGGACUCCUGCGAGGGAGUCAAGGCACCUUAUACACUAUCCAACCUGGACCAGAGGAGAUGUGAGAAGUUGACUCUGCUGUUAUACUGUCAAAUCCUCAGCGCUCCUUUCCAUGAACCUGUCAGCCCUCUGGCUCGAAACUACUACCAGAUCAUCAAAAGGCCCAUUGACCUGUCAGUGAUCCGCAGGAAACUGGACAAGAGCAACACUCUCCACUACUUCACUGCUGAGCAGUUUGUUGAUGACGUCUUGUUGAUGUUCAAGAACUGUGCUACUUUCAAUUACCCAGACUCAGAGGUGGCUCAGGCUGGUCGAAACCUGGAGAUGUUUUUCUUGAGCAAACUGAAGGAGAUUAUUCCAGACCGGACAUUCCCAUCAGCCAACCAGGGCACAACAGACAGAGCUCGCCUUCAGUGGCUCCACAGGAAGAACAAGGAAAACUCCAGAAAGAAGAGAAAUGUUUUUAGUGGGAAAAAAUAUUGCCUAUAA